UGGCAACACCCUAAUCAACAGCUGUGAAUAAAGUUUUCAUAAAAACUUUCAAUAAAAACCUAUUUUUAAAUAGAAGUUAGUUAGAAGCUUACUAAAUAUGAAGCCAAACUCUUAAUUGACAAUGUUUUUUAACCAAAAACAUAAAUAUAACACCAAGACGAACAGCUAUUUGCUGAUACCCCAACCGCAACAUCUGCUGUCAAAUAAACGUCAAAACAGUCGCCCGACUCGCCACCAAAAAAAGUGCAGAAAAAGUGAAAUGAGGCGUGAAAAACGCUAAAUAAAAUAUAAAUAAACAGCAAGGGGAACACAACUCACUCGCAUAUGUACAAAGAAAACAAAGUGUAACAAUGGGCGACAAGGAGGAGCCCGUAACACCCGCUCCCUCGCCCACCGAGGAGGGAAUGGCCAAUAUUGGGGCUGCUGGAGCCGGGGAUCAACCCCAAACUGCGGCGGGCAAUACCAACGUGAAGAUCGUGAUCAUCGGAGCCGGAAUGGCCGGACUAUCAGCGGCAAAUCAUCUCCUGCAAAACGGCUGCGAGGAUUUCGUGAUUCUGGAGGCAAGGGGCCGGGUGGGCGGACGCAUAGUGUCCAUACCGCUCAGCAAUAAUCAGAAGGUUGAAUUGGGCGCCAAUUGGAUACACGGUGUCCUGGGCAACCCCAUCUUCGAGCUGGCCGUGCAGCAUGGUCUAGUCAGCGUGGUCAACGUUCCCAAGCCGCACAAGGUGGUGGCCACCACAGAGAACGGACACCAGGUGCCGUUCAGCAUACUACAGGAGAUCUACGAGGCGUACGUCUGCUUUUUAAGGCGCUGCGACGAGUACUUCCUCUGUCAGUACAGUCCGCCGCCGGAUAUACACAGUGUGGGCGAGCACAUAAACUACGAAAUUGAGAUUUAUCUGAGUGGAGUGCAGGACCCCAAGGAAAAGCGCCUCAAGCAGUCCAUUUUCAACUGCCUGCUGAAGAGAGAGACCUGCAUAACCGGCUGCAACAACAUGAAUGAGGUGGAUCUCCUCGAGCUCGGCAGCUACACGGAGCUACAGGGAGGCAACAUAGUGCUGCCCUCUGGUUACAGCUCCAUCCUGCGACCGCUGGGCGCCCAGAUACCCAAGCAGUCCAUCCUGACCAAAUGUCCGGUGAAGAAAAUCCACUGGAAGCGGAAAAAGACCUUCACCGGCCUGGAGACCGUCGACGAGAAUUCAGAGGAUGAGCACUCGGACGACUCGGAGCGAACGGUGACGGAAGUGCCCACGGGAGGACACCGUGGCGGGUCCGAGGAGUCAAACUCUAGCAGCAAUUGUGAUUAUCCUGCAGGCAAUGUGCGCGUGGACUGCGAGGACGGUCGAGUGUUCCAUGCAUCUCAUGUGAUAUGCACCAUACCGCUGGGCGUGCUGAAAGAAACUCAUCGCACGCUUUUCGAUCCUGUGCUGCCCCAGUACAAACAGGAGUCCAUCGAGAAUCUCAUGUUCGGCACCGUUGACAAAAUCUUCUUGGAGUACGACCGGCCGUUCCUCAGUGCCGAUAUAUCAGAGAUUAUGCUGCUUUGGGACGACGAUAAGCGGGACAUGAACAGCUCCGAGGAGGAACUGGCCAGCGAGGAUUAUCUCAGCAAGAAUUGGUUCAAGAAGAUCUAUUCGUUUGCCAAGAUGACGGACACGUUGCUCCUGGGCUGGGUCUCUGGACGGGAGGCGGAGUACAUGGAGACACUUUCCCACGAGGUAGUGGCGGAAAAGUGCACGGAAAUACUGAGGAAUUUUCUUCAGGAUCCAUAUGUGCCCAAACCAAAGCGAUGUGUGUGCACCAGUUGGAAGUCACAGGACUUUACCGGUGGGGCGUACACAUCGAUACCUGUGGGGGCUACUCAGGAAGAUAUAGAAAAUCUUGCCCAGCCCCUAUAUGCCACGCCCCAGGCCAUGAAGCCCGCCAUAGUCUUUGCCGGCGAGCACACCCAUUCCAGCUUUUACUCCACUGUACACGGCGCCUAUUUAAGCGGACGGACGGCAGCACAGCAUUUGUUGGCUAGCGAGGAGCCCGACGAAAUCAUCAUGGAGUCAGACGGCAGCGAUCUGAGCGCCUGGAUACAGGGCAUCGCCCUGGACUGAGUCUAAGCCAAUCAACGACCACUCAUCGAUUUUGUAUUAUAAUUUAUUUCCGUUUUUCGUACACUCUUCAAACGCUUUUUAGCUAGUGAUAUUGUUUUUUCGAUUGUAAUUUAUUUUGCUAACUUCGUACAACGAUUGUCCACUUGUUUGUAAAUCCCUUGUAAGCAUUUGUUUUAUUUUGUUGAUGCAAUUAUUUUGUAAUUUAUUUUGAAUCCGCUUGUACAAUACCAUAAAUAAAAAUUACGAUUUAGCUGAGCUGAUCAAUGUGCUGCCAACACUGACAGAUCGUGCACUCGCAGCAGCUUUUACUGUACUUGGAUGAAAAGUGUGCACAAAAACAUAAUGUUGUUUAGAUUUAAUUACCGAUUAGCAAACAUAAGAACAUAAAUACAAAAAUAAUGCCUAUUUUUAUAAAUUCGUAUUUAAUGCAGCAAGCGUUGCACCAAGUUGGUAUUAAGACGGGCGUCAACUAAGUGCAACAACUGUAUAUUUGAAACUAACUAUUGUUAACGUUGACUAUUUUGCUUACUAAUUUAUGCAUUAGUUGAAUCUUUAAGACAGGAAACAGCGGGCAAAAGUUGAUAUUCAUAAGUCCGUUCUAACUAUAGGAUCUGCAUAUUAUUUGUAUUUGUGACAAAGAUUGACUUGUACGCAUAAAAAAAAUAAAAAUGACACGCUAAAUUAUUAAA